AUGACAAAACGAGCUGAUUUACAAGGAAUUCGUGGCUUGGCUAUACUUGUUGUACUGGGUUUCCAUUUUUAUCCGGACACCUUUCCGAAUGGAUAUCUUGGAGUUGAUCAAUUCUUCGUACUAUCCGGAUUUCUAAUGUGCAUGUUGCUCAAGCGUGCCGAGACCCACCCAUUUUUCACGUUGUUAUGCACAUUUUACACGAGGAGGCUGAAAAGGAUCCUGCCACUGUACUUCCUUGUGAUUUUAAUCUCUGCCAUUUGCCUCUACAACUUUUUUCCCGAAACUGCAAUCGAGACAAAUAAAGAGUCGGCAAACCGAGCAUUGGUAUUCAUGUCAAACAGGCCAAAAACCGAGCAGGAAGACUAUUUCCAAAUGCUUUCCAUCGCCAUUGAUAUUUUCACUCAUACCUGGUCACUUUCCGUAGAAGUGCAGUUCUACCUAAUUGUUCCCUUCAUAUUUCUGAUGGCAUCCAAAUUUGAAAAACUUAAAUAUCCUAUUUAUGGAUUACUAGGUAUCCUCUCAUUCGGGUACUUUGCCCUCUCACCGGCUAAUGUGGCAUUCAACAGUGUGCUAGCAAGAAUUUGGCAGUUUUUGAUAGGAAUGCUUGUCUAUCUUGUGUCUUCUAAUGAACAUGAAUUGCUGAGCACCAAAUCUAGAAAUAAAGAAAGUUAUGAAGAAACUUACAAAUUAUUGAUAGAAACUAACACGGACGAGCCGAAAGCUCAUAUAACAAGUUACUUCAAAAUAUCCGCUUAUAUCUUAUUGGCAUCGUUGAUAGCCAUUACAGCUUCUCCAUUUGUACCACCUGCCACCAUUACAAGACUCACUGCUACCGUCGGAACUGGAUUACUGAUGCUUCUCUCUGAGAAUAACCCAUUAUUAUCAAAUAAGGUGUUAACCUACAUUGGAGACAUUUCAUAUUCACUUUAUCUAGUUCACUGGCCAAUUUAUGCUUACUGGAAGCUCACGUGCAAUGACGAUCAGUUUUUGCUAGUUGCUGCUUUGGCUGCCUCUAUCGCGUUAGCCAUAAUAAUAUUCGAAACUUUCGAGAAGUGGUAUUUGAAGAUUUCCACUUCAAGUCUAGGAAUUCUUGUGAUGGUCUUGCUGCUCUCAAACCUAGCACUAAUCAACAAGGAUCAUAUGUUCAGUCCACCAAGCCUCUCCGUUAACACAACCAACAUGACAAUCGACGACGCAAUACAAUGUAAUCGUGAUUGGUCUGUAAAUGAGCAGCAGCUCUUCUACUUCCCAUUAUGCCAAUACACUGCUCUCGGUGAUCUUUUGGGCAUCUGUAAGUAUUCACAGGAUCUGCCAAAAGACGGCUACAAAAUGAUUCUGAUUGGCAACAGUUGGGUGCCUAAUCACCAGAAACUUUUCCAUCAAGAAUGCGGAAAUAAAUCCAAGAGCAUCAUGCAAAUUGCUGCGUAUGGCUGUGAGCCAUUGUACCCUAGCUUAUUACUUGACAGAUGCAAGUCCAACCUGGAAACUUUUUCGAAAAGCAUUGAAGACGAGAAGCCGGAUUUUGUGUUUAUAUUCACACGACACAUCUCCAUUGGAGAGCCAUUUGCUUCCAACGUCACAAGUUUUGAAGAAGAUUUUAUCUAUCAAACUAUGAAGCGACAAAUGUUAAAAUAUAUUAAAAAUAUUAAAUAUAAGCUCUACAUAUUAGACGCUAUACCCCGAAACCAUAAUAUUGUAUCAAAAAUUGCACCAAUGCUGAAAAGUGGAGUUGAUCCCGUGAAAAUUGAUAAAAUUCUCUUCAACGCCGAGUUCUAUGAAAUGGCUCGAAAGCGACAUGCACAACUAAUCAAGGAUUGCAAUGGACAAUGCGAGCUUGUUGAUUACCUCCCGGAGUUUUACAACCAGAAAACCGGCACUUUUCGAUUUUUCGAUCAGAACGGGUUUUCCUACGUGACGGGGCAGAAUCACUUGACACCGCCUGGCAUUGAGCUCGUGAGACAUCUAUGGACGGAUGUUUGUAACAAGAUUUAGAAUUUUGAAAAUAAAUUGUUUCAUA